AUAUCUUUCGUGUUUAGUUCAACACAAGGUACACAUUUGAGUCAAUUUGCAUAACUCUUUCAACAAGAAAGGCCUUGGCUUUAAGCCUUUCCCAUACAAGAACCAAAGCAUAAAAUUAUGCAUAGGUACAUUACAACCAGCCCAUACAACUCUCCUUCCCUUCCUCACCAAUUUAUAGCAAAUUUGAAUGCUGAACUCACCUGAGCUACUAGGAAGCCAAUCAGUUCCACUCCGCAGUAGCUUCCUUUGCAAGUUGUGUACACCCAAAGUUAACAGGAACACAUCAUAUUAUUCCUCGAUCACACCAUUGUGAUGCCUCCUUUAUUUCUAAGAAAACAAUAAAAUUGAUCGAAAAAAAGAUAAAAGGCAUUUGAUUUAUCUAUCAGAGGAGAUAGCCGAGUCUUGUUUAUUGGUCUUCAACUCUUAGAAAUGCAUAUCUCAAAUGCAGGUUGCAGGCCUCCUCAACAAUUAUUAGCAGCUUCUCAAGGUCGCAACGAGUCCCCAGCUGUGCAACAGGGUUCCUCUCUUUCUAAACCUAAGAAAAAGGAAUAAAAAGAAUGAUGAUUCAUAUCAAACCACUGCUUUCCUCCACAGUUUUCAUGCAUAUAAACAAGCCAGACAUCUAGUGAUGAUUUAUUAAAUCUCUGCCUUCAAAACAAAGAAUGAGAUCAAGGCUAAUAUCUUUUAAAUUUAUCUCCUAAACAUUUUCCCAUUGCUGGAUUCAUUUUUACAAUCUGGUGAUCUUAGCUUAGAGUUUGGUUCACAAAGAUACAUGAAGAAAAUAAUUUAUAGAAGAUCAAUUUAAACGUAAAAAACAAGUUACCUUCAUUUGUCAUCUAAAGUGGAAGCUUUCCUUCUACAGGGAUUUGAUAUUUAUUUGUGCAACAAGGAAUUGCUUAUAGAGGCAACUCAAAAAACAAACUCGAAACACCCCUUUUCAUAAUUGGGAGGAGGGUGAGGGGACCUUGGCAACAUGUUGGCUUGCUAAGUUCUUAUCCGCUACUUACAACUCUAACGUUGGACCCUUCGCUGUUGAGACUACACCUUGUCCACAUCUUCUAACUUUCUAAAUGAGUAUUAUUUUUGCAAUCCUGGUCUGUUUAAUGCUAUAUUUCUGAACUGCUUGAUAAAUACCAGACUCAAAAGGGUUACGUUUGAUCCCACAGAAAACCAUCUUGCGCUAAAUUUCUCACAGGCACCUCAUUUGUCUGUUG